GAAUAUCUUGAUGUCCUGACCUCCGUUGUAUCUCUGCUAAUCGCGUCCACCGUCCGGCCGGCCACAUCCACCGACUCACGUUUCAAGGCAUAUGCCAAAUCAAUGCGUCCACCCCCUUCAAGCUUCGAUGGAAUUGUGGGAGUACCUGCCCAGCCUGGUUUGUCAACACCCACCUCAAUAACCUUCCACAAACCACGGUCGCCUCCACAAAUGAGCCCUCUGGAAGUGGCCUUCGACUCCACCUUCGGCUUCGUCUCCAGCGAAGAGGCAUCGGAGGCAGCUUGUCGAAGUCUCCCCGGACUAACCAACCACCAGCGACACCUCUGUCGCCAGAACCCCGGCCUGAUCUGGGCCGUUGUGGACGGUACGCAGCUGGGACUCUACGAGUGCGUGCACCAGUUCAGGCACGAGCGAUGGAACUGCUCAAUGGCGCGGAUCGUCUUCGGGUCGGGCAGUUCCAACGAAUUCCACCUACCGCCGACGGGAUCAGCCGCCGCAGCCAACAUCCUCGGUGGCCUGCAGGACGGUCUCAGCAAAGGGACCCGGGAGACGGCGUUCAUGACGGCGGCGUGGGCAGCGGGCGCGGUGCAGGCGAUCACGCGUGCCUGCAGUCGCGGACGCAUCGGCACCUGCGACUGCGACUCCGCGCGACGCGGCGGCAAGUCGGCUGACGCCGAGGGCGAGUUCACGUGGGGGGGUUGCAGCGACCCCAUCAAGUUCGGCAUGAAACUAACUCGACUGUUCCAGGAGGCGCGAGUGCCGUCGAAACGCCGUGGACGUCGUGGCAGUCAGAACGCGACCCACUUCGACGAACACACCAUCGCGCGAGUGUCUAUGGACAGCCACAACCGAAAUGUUGGCAGACGCACGUCUGUUGAAUGUUCUCGUGUCGACACCACCUGUUUCUCCAGCAAUUUGCACCAUACAGUGGAAGCACGCUUCCUCCAACGCUUCUCCGCGUUGUCAAGGAGAGUUGGCGACCUGCUCAAGAAGGCCUACGCUGAAGCCCUACACGUCUCCUUCGAUGCGAAGACUCGGCACCUGCGGCGCGUCGCGGAACCACUCUACUUCGGUGGAAUGCCCCUGCCAAGUCACUUGGCCAAACGCAGCACAAGCACGACCUGGCAGAAGCCCACCAACUGGUUCAUCGUGGGCAGUGGACAACGAAAUAAACGCGGCGCGCUGCACGGCGCCAAGUGGAUAAGGCAACAGAGGGACAAACUCGUGUACCUUGAGAGCUCACAGGACUACUGCAAAGCCGAUCACAGAAUCGGUCACCUUGGUGUGGCUGGAAGGCAGUGCGAUGUGGCCGAGCCCAAUCACCCCAACAGCUGCGACAAAAUCUGCUGUGGUUUUGGCUACGACACGGCUGUGGUGGAUACGAAAGAAAAGUGCGGUUGUCGAUUUGUCUGGUGUUGUGAAGUGAAAUGCAACAUAUGCCACCGGAAAACGCGCAUUCACCGCUGCAGGCCCGACUCGACGCCACUGGAGCGACAAAUCAAUGAAAUCCUGAACUCCUCGUCAAUCAGUGCGUGGAUGGGGAGGCGUCGCAAGUCCCAUUCUGGUUACUGA